CCUGCGGGAUCAGAAAAAUCCCUCUUUAACCGGAGAGGUUCGCCCUUAUCCCAUUCUACAUUGGACUGCUUUUAAAUUUGCAUGCAGAAGCGUUGCCGCUGGAAUAGACAAACGGUUUUCCAACACUCCGAAGUUUACUACUUUUCAACAUUUCCACACACUGCAUGCUGCUGCAUUCAGCAAUCGAAGGGAAAUUGUUUCUAAGAAACGCAUCGCAAGAGCAAAUGGAGCAAACCUACGGGGAGGUGAAUCAGCUCGGCGGAGUUUUUGUCAAUGGACGUCCGUUGCCCAAUGCCAUAAGAUUACGAAUAGUGGAGUUAGCCCAGCUUGGGAUUCGCCCCUGUGACAUAAGCAGACAGCUCAGGGUCUCCCAUGGAUGUGUGAGUAAAAUCCUGGCGAGAUACAACGAAACUGGUUCCAUUUUGCCCGGCGCAAUCGGUGGGAGCAAACCACGCGUUACGACUCCGAAUGUUGUAAAAAACAUACGGGAAUACAAACAGGGAGACCCGGGUAUUUUCGCAUGGGAAAUCCGGGACCGUCUUCUCGCUGAUGGAGUAUGUGAUAAGUACAACGUUCCUUCGGUCAGCUCCAUAAGUCGGAUAUUAAGGAACAAGAUUGGAAACCUCUCCCAGCCUAACCAGUAUGAGAAUGGCAAGCAAGCCCCUCCGCAGUCUAGCAUCUCCUAUAACCACAUAUACCCGUAUUCAUACCCAAAUGCAAUGUCUCCUCCCGGGACCAAAAUGAGCCAUCCACCCGGUGUCCCUGUCACGGGUGGGCAUGUAAGCAUUUCCCGUGGUUGGCCUUCAGCGCACACGGUCAGCAAUAUAUUGGGUAUUCGGGCAUUCAUGGAUCCUACAGCUAUUGCUAGCGCUGAAGGGUACGUACCAAAAAUGGAAGACUGGGGUAGUGUCAAUAAAGCGACAUUUCCCUCUGCUCACGGAGUCACUGGAAUAGACAAAUCAGCUAUUGAUGCGGACAUAAAAUACCAUCAGCCUUCAUCGACUUUGUCUAGUUAUGUCCCGGCGUGCGCUUACUCUCCCUCCAACCAGUAUGGCGUGUACAGCGGUCCAGGCAGUUAUGUGAGCUCAGGGCAUCACUGGCAGACCCAGGGCACCAGCCUCUCCCACACGGGUGGUGCUGUGACGAUGCACCCGAGUGAUAUCCAAUCUUCUAUGGCGUUCAAACAUGCAGUGAGAGAUGGAGACAGAAAACCCCAGAGUCCCCUAGGUAAGCAGCACGAGGCUUUGUGCAGCUUACACGGACUUCCUAGCUCAUCCUCAUAACAGCACUUAGGGUACCAGUUUAGAGAGCGCAUUUCAAGAAAAAGCCCGUAAAUUCAACGAAUUCACAUCCUCCGAUUUGCGUUGCCAAUGUUCAACGCUCUCUGGGGGGAAAACAAAUCUUAGAAAAUCCUAAUGAAUGUUAUUAUUUUAUUUAUUUUAUUAUUGUUAUUAUUAUUUUGCUGUAACUGUAACUCUGUCUCCAGGCACGGUUGUUUGUUCGGGCUGUUUUACCAUUUUGACAAUUUAAUUAGUUUUUUCUUUAUUCUAUUUAUAUGAAAAGUGGAUGCAAAAUGAAAUUUGUGAUCUUAUGCACAUCAUUACAUUUAAAUAAAACAGUACAUAGAUAUCUACAUUACACAACCCUCUAUGUGAACAAAGUAAUUCAUAGUUCAUGUAAAUAUGAAGAAAGCUUUAGUUAUAUAUUUUUAUAAAUUCAUGUAAAUAUGCUGAAUAAAGGCAUUGUAUGAGCUAAAAACACUAUCUUGUUUAUUUUUUAUUUUUU